ACCUUAUAUAAUUAAUAAGCAGCAUUGGAUCGAUUACGUUUCAGUUCGUGGUUAUAACGAUUGCAAAAUAAUGAAAUAUUCCCCGUUUUUGUUAUGCUGUAUAUUUUUUGCUACUGCUAAUUGUUCUAAUGUAUGUACACUUUUUGAUAAAUAUAACUUCAUCAAUGACCAGAGCAACCUCAAUUUAAUAAAUGAAGCGUUAGAGCCAUGGAAGUCCAUAUUACCAGUUCACGACAAUAUCACUAUACCUAAAUAUGGAGAGCUUAUUGAACAGUUCCAGAAAGGAAAGGCCAACGCUGACGUUUAUCUGAACUUCACUCAACUGGUGACAAAGUACGGAUACCCGGUAGAGCAGCAUGAAGUAGUGACAGAAGACGAGUACAUUUUGACCGUGUUUAGGAUUCCAAAGCCAUGCGCUCCCGUUGUGAUCCUAGUUCACGGCCUGGCCUGCAGCUCUGAUGACUGGAUAACUGGCGGCCUCGAAGUAAGUCUCGCCUACUCACUCGCGGACGCCGGCUACGACGUCUGGCUCGGCAACACGAGAGGGAACAAGCACGCUAGGAAACAUCGGACAUUGUCUCCCGACUGCGUUGAGUUCUGGCAAUUCGGUUACGAUGAGAUUGGUCUUUAUGAUCUUCCAGCUACGAUAGAUUACAUACUAAAGCAUACAGGGCAAUAUAAACUUUCUUAUAUUGGCCAUUCGCAGGGCACGACUAUCUUUUAUGUCAUGGCUUCAGAUAAACCUGAAUACAAUGAGAAGAUAUCGAUUAUGGUAUCUCUUUCUGCGGUAGUAUUUACGGGUCAUGUAAGAAGUCCUUUUAUCCAACUUUUUGCUCCACUCUCUAAUGAUCUAGCAGUAUUGGGAAACUUAGUUGGAGUAGGCGAAUUGUUUCCAAGAGACGAAUUAAUAGAUAUAGUUACUUCUACUUUUUGUGGGUCACCAAAGAUUGCUGAAAUAAUUUGUGAAAAUCUUAUAUUUUUGGGAUGUGGUUUUGAUUACGCACAACUUAAUGUAACUAAUUUGCCAGUAAUUUACGGUCACUAUCCCGCUGGUGCAUCAGUAAGGCAAAUAGUGCAAUAUGGACAAUCAACGAUAUCGGGGAAUUUUGCAAAGUAUGAUCACGGUCCCUUCGAAAACAUGAUUAGGUAUGGUACACCUAAACCUCCAGAGUAUGCCCUAGAGAAAGUUAGUUGCCCUAUAGCUAUAUUCUACAGUAAUAAUGACUGGCUGAAUAGCGCUCCUGACAUUUUUAAAUUACUAAACAAACUGCCAAAUGUAAUAGAAUUUUACCACGUCCCGUGUGCGUCUUACCAACAUUUUGAUUUUUUGUUUGCUAAAGAUGGUGGUAUUUUGGUAAACAGUGAAGUGCUAGUUUUAUUACAAAAAUAUGCUGAAAAUUCUCGUGAUAAUGAUGAUAUAUGCUAAUUCACGUCAGUCAUGUAAUGAUAGAAUUUACUAAUAUAUAAAUUAAUUAUUAAGGUGCUCAUUACUUACAAUACGGAAUUAAGACCUCAAUUUAACGUGGAAUUUGGUGUUUAUUUAUGCAACUAACAAAAAACGCUUGUUGGAGCCCCUUAAAUAUUUAUUUUAUUCUGUUUUUUAUUAUUUUUUAUCAUAGCGGCAAAAGAAAUACCAUCAUGUGCAAAAAUUUCAAAUGUCUUACUAUCAUGGCCAAUGGGUAAAAUGGGACCCCUAUUACUUAUUAUUAUAAAGUUGUUCUAUUCUAUAAAAACAUGUAUUAAUUAUACACUUACUAUUGUUCACAACGCCACUCACAAACUUUGGCACCCUAAAAGUUUCCAAAAUUCAUAGUUCACACUUAUAUUUUAAAAUGAUGAAGAACUUUCGGAAAAUUAAUUUCUUCUUCAAUCUAGAAUACACAUGAGUUGGUUAAAUUUCCAAUUUCGUUAUUCACUCGAGUCGACCCAAAGAAGUUUCGGUAACGUAAAUAUAUUCUAAAUAUAACUACACACUUUUCGAUAUGUUAUUGAUCAAACUUUAAGAACAAUGUGAGAGGAAGCAGCUGGCUUAUUCCACGACUAUUAUAAGCUUACCCUACACCUCAAACUAGACGGAAAGCACGAAAAGUUUCUCAAUAAUUUUAAAUAAUAAUCAACCGAUUUAUUUCGGGCCCGAGGCACCCCUGAAGGUCCCGGGAAGUAAUUCAUAUUUUUUAGAUAAAUUUUGAAAAUAACUAGAAUUAGGAGAUAUAAUCUGAAAUAAACAUAAUUAUAGUCGUCAGCUUUGUCCCAGAAUCAAUACUGUAUAAAGAACAUACUUAAUGAGCUUUUUCUCAAUCACGAGAUAUAAUGUUGCAAUAUGUCGGUGUCGGUCUACACACUCUUCAAUCACGCCUUUUGAAUUUGAUUUACCUCCUCCAAUGUGUACAAUACAAAGAUAUCUCAGAUAUCUGUCUUGUUUGUAACAACUUUACCCCAGUUGGAAUAUUUUGGUACGUGUUAUUUGGGAAUACUUCAUCAGCCCCACCUACAGACAAGAGCACGACUUACUCAAAACCAUUGUUAUUUCCACCACAUUACCAUCACAAUUAGAUCCAAGAUGGAAUACUUGUCAUUAUGUAAACUGCAAAUAUUUAUUGUGAUUGAAUAUGCGUUGUUUUAAACGAUAUCUGGGUGAACAAAAUAAUCAAUAUUACAAAAAAAUAUUUAACAUGACUGUAUAGUUCUCAAGAAUAAUUUAGUUUAAUUUAAACAUGUUUCAUAUAGACAUGUAUGUCAUAUGUAUACAUGCAAGUUAAAUACAUUUUUGUGAUAACCUUGAAAUGGAGACUCUAUUAUAUUGGUAACUAAAAUAUUUUUCAACUUGUCAGUGAUAGACCGCCUAAAAUAACUAAACGAACUAUUAAAAUAACUAAACGAAUCUAAUGAUACCUCAAACAUCUGUAACUGUUAAAGCCGUUUAAUUAAGUAUUAUAUUAUGAUUGAAUAAAGAAACUCACAUAAACUGUCCAAAAAAUAAA